GGGAGAGGAGAUGGGCGCAGGACGGAGCGUGCCCAUGGCCCAGCUGGCCUUGCUCACUCUGCUGGCCCUGCUGGGUGCCAGGGCAGUGACAGUGGAUCAUGUGACCUCCCAGGUGGUGUUCUACCAGCGCACGGACCGAUCCCAGCAGGGGUCCGGGGAGUUCAUGCAAGAGUUUGACCAGGAUGAGAUCUUGUACGUGGACCUGGAGAGGAAGGAGAUCGUCUGGCGCCUGCCUGAAUUCAGCAAGUUCACCAGCUUCGAGGUGCAGCACGCCCUGCGCAACAUGGCUGUGAUCAAGUUGUACCUGGAGAAACUGAUUGAGAGGUCGAACCACACACGAGCCCAGAAUGUGCCCCCUGAGGUGACCGUGUUCCCCAAAGGCCCCAUGGAGCUGGGAGAGCCCAACAUCCUGAUCUGCUUUGUGGACAAAUUCUUCCCGCCGGUGCUGCGCCUCACGUGGCUGAAGAACGGGCAGGAGGUGAUGGAGGGUGUCUACGAGACCGACUUCUACCCCCGCCAGGACAACUCCUUUCGCAAGUUCUCCUACCUGCCCUUCUUCCCCAGCCAGGGCGACUUCUACGACUGCCGGGUGGAGCACAGGGGGCUGCCCAAGCCCUUCACGAAGCACUGGGAAGAAGGAGUGGAGCCCCAGAGACACAAAGGAUUCCCGCCUUGUGCCAAAGCUAUAAAAGGGGGUGGAACAGAACAAAGGGGGCUGCAGUCAUGAGAAAACCCCAGGUAACACUUGAGCUGGAGCUAACAAGAACUGUAUCGGGGAAAGGAUUGGGCCAACACUAGGAAAGAGUCUAGUAUGUGAAAGAAGUUUAUUGGAACAUCUCUGAGGGUGAGAUUUACCUGUAUUCUGUUUCUUAAAUGUAUCAGGCUUAGACGUGCGUGUUUUGUUUUAUUUUGCUUGGUGACUUACUUUGUUCUGUCUGUUAUUACUUGAACCCAC